AUGAGCAGAGCGCCGCGUCCCGCCUCCGCCUCCGCCUCCUUCCGCGGCGGCGGCGGCUGUUCCGGCUGGCAGCGGCUGCGCUCAAGGGAAGCCACCGGGGCGCGUCUGCCUCCGCCGGCUGGCCUGCCCUACCCUGCCCAGCCCCACCAAGCCGCUCGGGAUUCCGUCGCCGGAGCGCAUGGAGAGAACGGCCUCCUCCUCCUGGGGGUGCUCCGACAGGAGCUUUUCCUGGCUCUACCUGAAGAUACUGGAAAUAGAAACCAGGACCAUGUUUUUCAAAUUCUUUUCUUCCACCUUUUUCUUAUACUGGGGUGCUUCAUCCGUGUUGGAACAAGCAGCAAUUUUUCCAAGCUGUAUAAAAAGAAAAUCCUGCCUUGCAAACAAGAGGAACUUCAUUGUGGCUAUGGAGUCUGCCUGAUGAAUUGGCAGCGUUGCCACUAUGAGAAGGACUGUGACAAUGGCAAUGUGUCCAUGACAUUGACAUGUCCAGAAAUUGACCUGAACAAGACCAGCCCCUUCGAUAGGUUUGUUGUCUGCUUCGGAGAACCUGAAAUGACGGAUUCCUCUGUGCUGGUGGCUGGUGUUGUGAUUGGAGUGGUGCUCUUCCUCUCUUGCGUGGCCAUCAUCAUCGGCAGCCUGAGAAAGAAUAGAUGUUUUCGACAUCUCCAGCUACGGAGGGACACCAGCUACACUCCAGACUGCUUCUCCUAUGGUGGUUCAGUUGGAGAACUCCGGUCCAGUUGCAUUGAGGAAUUCCCACCUUCAUUCUAUUUCAGCUCUUAUGUGGACUCGCUGUCCCAGGUCAACAUCAUGCAUCCCGACUCUCCCCCGCGCUAUGAUGAGUGUGUCGGAGCGAACGCAGCUCAAAUCGACAUUCCUACAGAUGAUCCUCCACCAUACUCCCUGAUAGACCCUUGUCGACAGAAUGACUUGUCUAUAAACCUUGCCUGGGAAGAAGGGGUGACUCCUGGGACUACUACAGAAAGGGAUGCUGGGUAUUUGGCCAGACUGCAAGACCUGCAGCCGCCCAUCCCUAAUUCCUUGUCGUCACCAUUCCCAAUGGAGGCCGCCCCUCCAUACGAGACUGUUUUGAGCGAACAAAACGUCCCCAUUCUACGGGGUGUACUGAAAAAUUUUACAGAUUACUCUCAGACCUUUUCCAACAGAAUAAUAUAAAGAGAAAUAAUUCACCA